AUGGUCCCUUUGAAUUCCCCAACCGCUCACGCCGUUGAUGAGCGCAGAAACGUUCUACUCGGUCAGCGCAAUGGCUAUGAGGCUGCGGGAAGGAACCUCGGACCAAGUUACUCCUACCUUCCCCUGACCCUCAGCACACACCCCCAGCGUGCGCAGCUAUUCACCGCCGUCAAUCCGUUUGAAAUUCCAGAACGCUGGUGGAAGCGGGGCAGGAGAGACACUGCUCCGGAUGCAGAAUGUGGGAUUGGAGUCCAACACGUUGUAUCAGACGACGACAUUCCGGGCGAUGCAAAGCACCGUGCACAUCCUGCUCACGGUCCCAACUACCCCUACGCGUCUAUGGGCCAUGACGGCUCACCGACGAACGGUAUGGUUGAUCCUCGGAAUCCAAGCGGGGAUAUGUGGAACUCGCCUGUUGGAAUGGGGACAGGGAGUCACCCGGAACCAUUCCUGCCGCCAGAUAGGAUGUCCGCUGAACCUCCUUCGGAGCAGAGACCGAUCCCAGCCCCAAAUCCGGGCCGCAAUCCUGUCUAUCAUGUUGUGGAGGACGCGAUCUGUCAGCCGGCGUCCAUACAUCGACCCAGGUCUCCACCACCACAACCGGAGCACAGCGCACCGAUUACAGGUACCCCCCUGCAAGCAAUCUUGACGCCAAAGCAUAGCCCUGCGAGCAACAGGGAACAGUUCGAUCCGCCUGAACGCCCUGACACUAUCGCGGAAUCCCAGGGCAGAAACGGAGAGAGGUCGCCGGAAGAACCGGCACGUUCUGAGCGCUCCACGGGCAGGAGAUACAGUCCAUGGACUUCGUUUAGUAGUCGCAGUGGAAGCUCUCUUUCUCCCGGCGACCGUGGUCGUUACGCUCGUCGCCAGCACCCUCGAUCUGGCUCCCCGUCUCGCUCUCCAACUUGGUCGAGAAGCCGUCAUGCUCGAGAACACGAGGGUCCUUAUGAUGACAGCCCCUCGCCCCCUGAUCUCGGUCCCCAUCGAAGCCCAGGUGCUUCGCGCUCGAUGUCUAUUCGGAGAGAGGCUUCACGACCAGAAAAUAUCGACGAAGAGAGCCGUCUUGAUUCUCCCGCUGCUCGCCCACAUCGCGAUUGCCGUUCCCCCGAUUCAUCCACAUCUGAACUGCCACUCCCCGUGACGCUCGUAGCAACAUCACCAAGGACGUCCGGCACCCUGUGGUCCUCGCUUCUCGACGCUGCAUUCGUCGUUACGGACUUCUUCCCACGGCAGCUCUACCUGCUCAUCCUGCUGAGAAUCCCGUCGCUGUACUUUUCGCGAGUUACGCGAGUGUUCGAGGACGCCCGGCUGAAUCAUUUUGAUAUCGAGCAGAUGGCGAAAGCCAGGGCGGAGCAGUGGAAUGUGCAGCCGCCGCCGUACUCGAUGUUGUUGCAGCAGCAGCAGCCGUAUCCGGAGAUGGCGACACCUACUUUACCCGUCGCCUUGCUGAUUUUCAAAGCCUCGUGGGAAGAGUUCAUCGACUCGCUGAUGAAGGAAUGGAAGACGUUGAACAUCGUUUCCGUUCUAUUGCUUUCGUGCGCACUCUUUCUCUUGGAUCCACCCUUGUCUAUGACUGACGGGACUCAGUGCCAUCUUGACCAUGGUUCAAAUCAACGAAGUGUCACAUCCCGUUACUCGAACCGCCGCCCUGUUUGCGUUGAUCUGCGCGCUGAUGAGUUUAUUUUUGGCUGCAUGUACAUCAUCCGGUUCGGGACCAUGCGCAAGAUGCACAAGGCGAGCAGGUUAGCUGCCGAGGCGCAGAGGGGUGUUGUUGGCAUUUGGUGGAAUGUUUGGGUUCUCCUGGCGAUGCCAGCAGUUUGGCUUUCCUGGUCGCUCGUCGCCUUUCUUAUUUCCAUCAUGUCGUUCAUCUGGCUGGGUGGUUCAACGGCAGAUCCGAACGGUUUUCUGUUGCACCCUAAAAUAUCACUGGCACCUCAGAUUCUGCUUACUGCUGUCUUUGUCUCUGGGCUGAUCUAUUUUGUGCUCACUGCACACGAAUUCCAUCGAUACGGGGACCCUCUGGAUCGGGAGUGGUCGAAAGCUGUGGAUGCAGACGUUCAGCGUCAGAGCAAGCCUGUGCGACCUGUGUACUCCGACUCUUCUCUGCGCCCUCUCACGGAUAAGUCGACACCUGGGGAUACACAUCGAUCCCUCCCGCGAAGACCGUCUGAUCGUCCCAGUCCAGACAUUGCCUUCCCCAGGGCUCUCCCAAUCAUGCGCUUGAAUCUGGACAAAGAGAUUGGUGCGGUGACAUCGUUCGAGCCGCAUGACUCGCUUGUAGUGCCAGAUGAGACAUGGGCCGCAUUCAUGCAGGACAUCCAAUCCGUCUGGGCCGACCGUCCCGUGUUCCGGGCUCCGCCUGGGGUCGACCUGCAUAUCGGCAAUGGGAGCGUUUCCGUUCUGUCUCCAGCACAACUGAACUCGCUCUCCUCCUCUGCCGAAGACCAUAGCGUGAUUCCGGUCGAAAGAUCGCUUCCAGUUUCGGAGAAGCAAGAUCGCCGCGUUGGAGCUAUACAUGCGAUGCUUGUCGAGUGGAACAGGCGGUUCUUCUGGUCGUCUCGAUUUAACUCCCUCGCCCAGCAGCUCUGCGUCAACGAUGCAGAGAAACUCCAAGGCGGACAAGGCCAGCCUGUUGUGCGCGAUGCUCUCCACCGCGCAGCUGUGUGUGGCCACUGGGGGGAAGCAUGCCUUCUAGACCGAGAGGAGCCUGAAACCGCAGUACAAGUUCGGCCAGGCCAGAUGACGAGUGUGGACGUCGAUGUCAGCCAGGACAUGACUUGGACCGCCGAAUUCAUGGAUAGAAUCAGCGAGAUCAGGGACAGUAUGAACGUCAUCGGAUCUCUGCAGGUCAAAAGUGACGCUGUUGGUGGGGGUAGGAAAGCGUCGGCAUCCUUUUUCGAUCCGAGUAAACUCAAGGAAAGCGACAUCGACUUUUUUUGCAGGUCCGCGUCAACAACGGCUCACUGCUCCCGAUCUAACCGAUCUCGAUUCCACAAGUGUUUGUGUCCAUUCACUUCAGAUUCAAGACUUAUGGAAUGCAGUGCGAUGCUAGCCAAGUACACAAGCCUGAAAAGCUUCUACAUGAAGAGCACCAGGGGAUUGCCGCUCGACUAUGAGAAUGCCGGUGUAUACUCGUCCGUGCUGCUCGAUGCUCACAUUGAUUACAAAGUGAUGUGGUGUAACAUACAACAAGGUAUCAGGUCAAUCAACGUCGGUCGGGAAACAGCACGUCGAGAGGUUCACCACAUUAGGCGCCAAAGCAAAAGCAGAUUCACGGCUAAAAUGACAAGAUACCAAAACAAACUGGCUUCAGCGAAGCAGCAACACCCUCGACAAUUACAACCAGCAGUACCGCUGCUUGAUGUCGGCGCACCUACGCCACCUGCUGCUCUGUUUUGUGACGAAAAUACUGGUGCACCACCAGUACCGCUUCUCCUGUUUUACCCUCCAGACCCCCCGGUCGAGCCCGAAGAAACUCUGCCACCUAACGAACUCAUCCCGUACGAGGGCAGUCUGUCUGGCCUCGGCGGCGCGCGCAGAGACUGCCGGUCCGAGAUAAUCAAGAUUAGGGCGAAGAUGGGCCGGAAACAUGCGGCCGAGCUAGAAGAUGCGGGACAGAAACUGGAGCAGUUCAAGGAUACGGUCAGGCAAGUGCAAGUCAAGCUCAGCACGCUAAAGACGACAAAAAGAUUACUCGGCCUGAAGGACGCAUGGUGCCCAGUGCCGCUCAGGACGCCUGUCCAAUUCAAGAAUGUCAACAAACGGCAGUGCAUGCAAUAUGACCUCUUUGGUCAUUUCAAGUGUUUUGACAUCCAGGCAUUGGGAGCACUGGCUUUCAGAAUCAGACAUGUCCAGACUGGCCGCCUCUCCGCUGUCGCAAGACAGGUCUCCUCUGGCGUGUGGCUGCAGAUGUGCGAGUUCCCGGUGUUCUUCAUGUUCAUGUUUGAGUCCGUCAUGGAUAACGGAGCGUUCGCCGGAAUGACUACGGUCCAUUUGGCCGAGAUGCCGUGCCAUACGCUGAAUGUCGCUGGAGGCGGAACGAAUGAUGAUGCGCAGAAGCUCGCGUUUUCCGGAGAGAAGAGCAAUAGUGACAGGUGGUUCAUUGACGCCUUCGAUAGAGGAUAG